GGAGAGAAGUUGGCGCCUUUCAUCAAGCGAUAUUUGAAGUCCGCUGUCACAUCUGGCGCUGUGGUGCAGACCAAGGGUAAAGGUGCCUCCGGUUCGUUUAAACUGUCCAUGACGAAGGGUACCGAGUCGAAGAGCAAGGUACAGCGGACAGUGAAAGUGGCUGAAACUAAGAAGCCGAAGAAAUCGGUUGAAAAGAAGACAACUGCAGUCCGAAAACCCGCAGCAGCAAAAAAGGCUACCACGAGUACAGCGAAGAAGGUCGAAACUGUGAAGAAAUCAGCGGCCGCGAGAAAACCCUCGCUUACCAGAACCGUAAGGCCCGCCAAAACCGAGAAACCAAAGGCUUCGCCCGAUGCUAAGACUGUGUCGAAGAGCAAGAAGAUAGCGAAACCACCAGCUACCAAGACCAAAGCUCCGAAACCCAAGAAGGCUACUCCUUCGAAGUCUGUCAAGUCUUCGCCU